CCCUCCACCUCCCAAACCUACAUCCGCAGCGGCAUCGGCGGUGCCGGCAACUGGAAAAGAGCCGCCAGCAUCCCCUCCGCCCUCCCAGUCCUGCAAAUCAGCACACCCCGCCACGGCUCCUUCUCCUCCGGCGUCGGCGGCGCGGGCAACAUCCACUCCACCAGCGCACGCCGCGCCCUCUCCGCCGACGAAGAGCGAGCUCGCUCGCAGGCCAUCAAGCGCAACGCGCGCUCCGCGUGGCACACCGGCAUUGGCGGCGCGGGCAACAGGUACAUUCACAAAAAG